AUGUCGCUCCCUGCACACAGUACCCACUCGAGGACGCCUCCCCAGCAUGGCCUCGGACACUUGCCGUCUCCGACGCACCGACCAUGGCACCACGACAACAGUGGCUGCCAGCUGAUAGUCCAGCGCGUUGCGAAGGAGGACUACCGCCAGCCGAAGCGCAAUGCUGAGGCCAACCUCGUGCAAGGGGAGGACGAUGAGCCUGCUCUACUCAUAGCUCAAGUGUGCUCUCUCACAAAGAUCACUCGGGGAGCGACCACCGUCGUCGCGCUAGAAGAGUCGCGCAUCCAAGUGCACCUUGACAAAGAGGGUGUGGUGGAUACCGACGACGCAUGCACCGACAGAUGCUACCUCGACACCGAUGAAACAAACCAUAUGACCAGGAAGAGAGAUGUCUUCGUCAAGUUCGACACCUGCGUCGUGGGUAUCAUACAAUUCGAUGACAACUCCUUCUUCAGCAUCCAAAGCUGUGGGACGGUGCUAUUCACAUGUAGCAACGACGAGCAUCGUGUCCUCACUAGUGUUUACUACAUCUCCAUUCUAUGCAACGACAUUAUAAGUGUUGGGCACCUCAACGAGAAUGGCUCCCGCGUGCUGAUCGAUGUCGACGUUCUCCGCAUCUGGUAUCGACAGCUCCUCCUCUUCGCCAAGGAUAAGGUGAUCGGUCACCAGUGCACACUGCUCACUGCCAUGGGAGGAGGAGAUCACCAGUGCAUGGCCGCCGUCGCGGCCGCUGCCGCUGCCGCCAGUGGAGGCACCAGUGUGGAGGCUGCGUUGAGGCCUCUCGUUGGUGCAGACGCUUGGGAUUACUGCAUCCACUGGAGCCUGUCUCCUGACCAGCGGUUCUUAGAGAUGACUGGGUUCUGCUGCAGCCGUGAGUUUGAGGCGCAGGUCUCUGCACUUGGCGACCUGCCCUCGUCGAUCCCAUUGGACUCCUCAUCCACUGGGAUGCAUGCCGAGGUAAUGGUGUCCAGCCAGCCGAUCUGGCAGACCAGCUGCGUGUCAGAGCUCCCAACAAGCUACUCCCAUCCAUGGCUGCAGGAGCCCGGAUCAGGCGGCCCGAGGACGCGGCUGCUGGUGCCGGUCGCCGGCGGCCUCGUCGAGCUCUUCGCCUCGAGAUACGUAUGCGAGCGUGCGCAGAUGGCGGAGCUGGUCAUGGCACAGUGCGGGGUGCCCGCCAGGACGGGCGCCGGUGACGGGAACGAGGACGGUGCCGCCCAGGCGUGGGCGGAGGCGCCGGGCUUCGCGUGGGACGGCGCCGCCGGGGGUUAUGAUCCGCAGCUGAUGUACACGGCGGAGUCGUCGCUCAACCUGUUCGACGCAUCGGGCAACGUCGCGGCGGACCCGUUCCUGGCGGUGCAGCAGGCACCGGGCGCGGCUGUCGACGACGCGGCGGUGGCGGGGUGGCAGUACGCUGCGGCCGGGAGCGAGCCGUCGGUGGCGGUGCAGCAGGAGCAGCUGCACGGGGCGCGGGAUGGAGGCGCCGAGUCUGGGUCGGAGGGGAGCGACAUGCUUGGCGACCCUGAGGACGACGGCGACGGCGAGAUGCAGGGACGGGGCGGAGGAGGCAAGGGUGGAAGCAAGCGGCAGCAGUGCAAGAACCUCGUGGCGGAGCGGAACCGGAGGAAGAAGCUCAAUGACAGGCUCUACAAGCUCAGAUCGCUCGUCCCAAACAUCACCAAGAUGGCCCGUGCGUCGAUUCUUGGGGACGCGAUCGACUACAUCGUGGGGCUUCAAAAUCAGGUGAAGGAGCUGCAGGACGAGCUGGAGGACCCCAGCACGCCGGCGGACGGCGACCCCGACGUGCUUCUGGACCACCCGCCGCCGGCGAGCCUAGUCGGGCUGGAGAACGACGACUCGCCGCGCACAAGCCAGCAUCAGCAGCCGCUCGCAGGCAGCAAGAGGGCCCGGGUGGCGGAGGACGAGAAGGGGCAGGAUAUGGAGCCGCAGGUGGAGGCGAACGAGUUCUUCCUGCAGGUGCUGUGCGAGCACAAGCCAGGCCGCUUCGUCCAGCUCAUGGACGCCAUGAACGCGCUCGGCCUCGAGGUCACCAAUGUCAGCGUCACCUCCUACAAGACCCUCGUCCUCAACGACUUCCGCGUCGUCAUGCGGGACAACGAAAUGGCGCUGCAGGCGGACAGGGUGAGGGAAUCGCUUCUGGAGGUGACGCGGGAGACGUACGGCGGCGUGUGGUCGCCGGCGCCGCCUGGGGGGAGCAGCAUUGAUGUCAAGCUCGACGGGCAGGAUGAGCCGCGGCAGAGGAUCAUUACGGCGGCUAUAACCAUCUUCUGCAAUACCUCGCCUGAAUGGUAG